AUGGCACUGAUUUCCAUUAACACUGGUGGUUCCAGUGGAUUUCUGUAUAAUUCUGGAUCAGGAACCGCUCGUCUCUGCAUCACCGCAGAAACACCUGAUUUCGACAAUGAGACACUGCGUAAUUGGAAGGAUGAAGGGUUCGACGUAGUGUAUAUCGCAUACAACAAUGGAGGGAAGGAAUACAUUAGCCAGUUGAGGUCGGUCAAGGAGGGACUGGGCGUGGGUGAGAACUAUGCCAUCAUCGCCUUUGGUGAUGCUGCAUCUUUCUGCCUCGACUAUUUUAUCAAACCCACAGCCGCCAGUCGUCUCUGCGCUCUCAUUGCCUACUACCCAACGAAUAUCCCAGACACAAGGUCCCAUUUCCCACCUACCCUCCGCGUCCUGACACAUCUAGCGGGUUCGACAGUGGAUGUCACAACAGUACCAACUGCACUUGGGUUGCAGGGGAAGAAACGUCGAACGACACGGCGGAUUCAACCUGGAGUCGGCACUGGAGAGCGUAUUAACAUUGGACACCCUGCCUACACCUAUGAAUACGUACAGCCAGGGUUUGCGGAACAUGAUCUGGAUGAAUACAACCGGCUGUCCUGUGAUCUUGCUUGGACUAGAACUCUACAGCUUUUGCGGAAAGGAUUCGGAAAGGACCCUGAUCUAGAAGCGAAAUGGGAAGACCACCAAGAAGGCAAAUUCUUCUCGUCAGAUAUUUCGGAAACAAUGGACCCCUAUGCGACUCAUAUUACUUCAACUGUCACAUAUACGCCCACUCAGAGCGGCGGUAUUGGAUGGCAUGCUCUGCGUCGCUUCUACGAACAAAACUUUAUCCGCAAGCUACCUCCUUCCAUGCGGCUGCGACUCAUCUCACGUACUGCCGGCGCGGAUCGAAUUGUGGAUGAGCUCUAUGUAACCUUCGACCACACGCACGAGAUUCCGUGGAUGCUCCCUGGCGUACCCCCAACCAACCGGAAAGUUGAAAUUAUUAUUGUCAGCAUCGUUAGCAUACGAGCUGGAAAGCUAUGCUCGGAGCAUGUCUAUUGGGACCAAGCCAGUGUCCUGGUUCAAGUUGGUUUGUUGGACCCAAAACUUGUUCCCCAAGGUGUUCAAGGUGUAGAUCGUCUGCCUGUUGUUGGCAGGGAGGCUGCAAGAAGAAUCUUGCAUGAAAAUCCAGAGACCGAAGAAGAAUACCAUAAUCGAUUAAUUCGAAGAGCUCGCGCAAAGAGCAAGAAUAAUGGUAAACACACUUUGGUUGAGGAGUCCGGGACGGAGUUGAAGAGCGAGACAGAGGCUACAAAACCACCCAAGAACAAAGGAAAGUCUGUUCAGCGAGAACCCUCUUCAACUGAGAAGGAUAAAGGAGAAGAGACUGAAACGGAAACGCAACCAAGAAAGGAGAGUGCUGCGUAUGUGGAGGAUGAUAAUGCUGAGAACGACGCCUGA